AUGCCCUACAUAGCAUAUCCUUCCGCAGUGUCGGGGUCUACGUCUGCAGAGGCCAGUUGUGAUGCACGUGAGGACGCAUUCGGUGAGUACGCGGCGUACCGCCGUGUCAUUCGCACGAUAUUGUGCGGCGUGUUCUUCGCCACGCCACUCUGUGCUGCUAUCCCGAUGUCGCCGCUGCUCAAGCUAUCGCAGACGCAGGAGAACAAGAAGUCCAUCAUUCCUCGAAUGAUGAGCGACUUCUUUUACGUAAACUUCUUCGCCAGCGCCGCGGCGUAUUGGGUACUGGUCGAGCCUUUUAUUCCAAACCCCCGGGCCAAGGAGGGCUUCGUGCCGUACCUUGGCCCGGUCACCGCCGAGAUCCCCGCUGUGAGCUGCCUCCUUCUCUCGCACCUGUUCUACCCAGGCUUGUGGGCGAUCGUGAAUGAGCCGACGUGGAAGCUGCGCCGCCAGGAGUUUGUGCGACUAAACACCAAGUGCUUCCUCGCGUUUGGGCCUAUUCAUGUGCCAGCCGCUGUCGGUCUCGGCGCGGCGGUCGGCGUCACCCUCUACCCGUUUAAGUACAUGAAGCUGCGGACUCAGCACCGUGACGAAUGA